GUUGCUUCAGAUUUAAAGCACUGCAGUUCGACUAGCUCAACUAGUUCAACUCUAUACCAAGAACGUGGAACACUGUGCUCAAAGUACUUGCUCGCAAGGACAAAACACCAAAUAUGAUGACACAAAAGAAAUUCGUUGGUUGUAUUUUGUCAGCAGUGUUGCUGUGCUUGUGGUUGGUCUCCUACGCAGAGGCAGCACCCAUGCCAAGGUAUCAAAGUAAUGGAUACUACAAUGAAUUGGAAGAAGUACCGGAUGACAUUCUAAUGGAAUUAAUGGCACGUUUUGGACAAACUAUAAUGAGAGCCCGUAAUGAUUUGGAAAAUUCUAAACGUACCGUUGACUUUGGUUUAGCACGCGGUUAUUCCGGUACCCAAGAAGCGAAACAUCGCAUGGGUCUGGCUGCGGCUAAUUUCCCCGGUGGUCCAGGCCGAAGGAGACGUUCGGAAACCGAAGCUUAAGUUGAUUAAGAGAUAAAGUAUAUUUUUAGCCAACGCUCCCUAACCCCGAAACCCAGAAAACGAUUAAACCCCUACUGAACAAUAACAGUGAAUUAUGACAAACACGAAAACGUCCCAGCGCUUAGAGAAAAAAUAGUAAAAACAUAACCAUAUAUAUAGCAAAUACAAACAAAAAGAGAAAAAAUUAAAACAAUUGGAAUGAUGUCUAGAUUUUAAUGUUAAACAAAAAUUAAAAAAAAAACAAU